AUGGAGGCUACCCAAGAAUCCACCCAGCCAUGCACGGACCCUCGUCGCAUGGGCUACAACAAUUCGGGCCUACAUGAACAAGACUUGUCAGACACGGUCUGUAUCUUGCAUCCCAGCUCGCCUGCAGCCCACCAGGCAGUAGCAGCCACUGCCGAUAUUUGCCCCCAGCAUAUCCUACAGAAAGAGGAGCUCGAAUACGAGACUGUGGACAUCGCGACCUUCGACAUUGCCCUCAGACUAUCGUCGAACGUUCGUGACCCAUCUCAAGGAUUUGUUUUUGGACGAAACAGGGCUCGCUGCGACCUUUUGCUUGCUGCCGACCCCAACUCGAAGCGAAUCUCGAACCUGCACUUUCGCGUUCACCUCACGGAGAAUGGGAUCCUCAUGCUCGAGGAUCUUUCGACAAACGGUACGAUUGUCGACAACUGCCGCCUUCGAAAGAGCCAAAAGGACAACAGCCGCAUGCUGACCAACGGCUCUGUCAUUCAAGUUAUGAAUGGCGAUCAAGCUUCCGAGGAGGUUAGGUUCGUGGUCCGCUUGCCGUCUAGGGAAGGGUUUGCCAUGCAGUACACGGAGAAUCUGCUCCGCUACUUUGAGCGAAUCCAAAAACACCAAACAGGCGUCGUGGCGGCGAAGCCUCGACAAACUUCAGUCCAGCCCGUCCUGCAAUGGGCUUCUGGCUCCAAUACGUUUGGGAUGCACUGGUCGGGUGGGUCAAUGUACAACGUUACUGGUCAAAUCGGCAAAGGGGCUUUCGCAACAGUUUACAAACUCGCCACGAAACAACAUGGAGCUGUGUACGCGGCGAAGGAACUCGAUAAGCGUCGGUUCAUGAAGAAUGGUAUCCUUGAUCACAAAGUUGAUAAUGAGAUGAAGAUCAUGAAAGAUCUCAAACAUCCCAACAUUGUACAAUAUAUCGAUCACCAUGAGCAUGACAGAUGGAUCUAUAUCAUUAUGGAGUAUGUUCCUGGUGGGGAGCUCUCUACCUACCUUCAAUCCAGUGGCAAAAUCCCCGAGGACAUGGUCAAGGUCAUCGCUCGCCAAAUGCUUCACGCGCUGCAAUAUCUCCACAAGCGAAAAAUUACGCAUAGAGAUAUUAAGCCCGACAACAUUUUGAUCUCGUCUCUAGAUCCGCUAAGGGUAAAGUUGUCGGAUUUUGGCCUCUCGAAGGUAGUCCAAGAAGAAACUUUUCUUAAAACCUUCUGUGGUACCUUGCUCUACUGCGCUCCUGAGGUUUACCCGGAGUACGAACACUAUCGCCGUGGUGAGGUCCGGAAAAGACGCAGACUAGGUGACCCACCUCCGAAAACAUCUCCCUAUGACCAGUCCGUCGACACGUGGUCUUUCGGUGCCGUUCUCUACCAUGUGCUUGCCGGAACUCCCCCCUACAUUGGACGAGGCGAUGACAGAGGAGCUCAAAUGCUGCGAAAUAUCAUGACCUCCGAAGCCGACUUUGAUCUACUGCUCAAGGAAGACGUGUCAGUAGCUGGUGUCGAUUUCGUUGCCCGGCUCCUGAACCGCAAUCCUCAGGAACGCCCAAAAGAGCGGGAAUGCUUUCAGCACAGGUGGAUUGCAGAUGUUCCGGACGUGGACGAAUAUGAAGAUGAUGAUGGCCAGUACAGCGGCGCCGAGAUGUUGUCUGACAUCGGUGAAGAUUUGGAAGACGAGUUAGACGCGUCGCAACUCUCUAUCCACGACGAGGAUGCGGAAGAUUUCGAGGAAGAUGGCGAUCUGGCGCAAUCAAAGCGGCCGAGAAUCGAAGAGCCUCCGACGGCUGUCCAUUAUCCAUCUCUCCCAAACAUCGAAAGCGUCAAGGAGCCUCAGGCCGGGAACGACACCACCCCUCGUCUUCUGUUUGGGGAGAUAAACCGUUCUGCACUGCAGAGCUCUCAUGCAUUGGGAGCUGACUCAGCCGAUUUCGAAGGCGACGACAACUUCAGCAUCCAUGAUUUUAUUUCUUCAGCCGGUGAGUCGAUAAUUAGCGAUGGUAGGAGCCUCAACUCCAUCCUAUCCCUCCCGGAUAACCCCAUUGUCGGAUCCGCACCAAGCUUGAUGGGAGCUGAGAAUCUCGUUGGGCAGCUGAACAUGAAUUCCACGUGGCACCCUGGAACGUCAACCAACCGUCCCCCGGCCGUCGGGGCACCGGCUCAGCCAGCCAGUAACUGGGUCAUUGCCAAUGACGCCCCAGAGGCACCUGGACUGGCUGAUGCGGGCGACGAUACCCCCAAGGCGUCUAAAUUCAGCCGGCGAAUUGAACUGCCCAUCCCUGACACGGCUAGUGAGCGUUCAAGUCCCGAAACCAUCGCACAGAACACCAAGGGCAGCCCUGGCGGAUCCCAGCCAGCCUCGGAUGACAUUUUCGACAUCGAAUUGACCAAUACAAUAGAUGCACAAACCGGACAACAAUUGCCUGACUUGCCUGACCGAAAAGAUCGCGAUCCUUUCUCUGAGCCCAUCCCCGAACAUGCAUUAACCGGCAUCCCUCGUGUGAUUAUCCAGCCGCACCAGGAGCGACCUCUCCUAGGAAAACUCACGAGUCUGCCGGGUUCGAUCUUCGACUUAACGAUCCGACUGGAAGAUCGAAUGACUUCCUGGGGCCGUGGGCCCCAAGCCACGGUCUGUCAUCCAGACCCCAUGGACACGAGGAUCCCUGCCUACGCCUUGGAAGUCACAUUCUGGGCUCCGGCCAUUGAGAACCAAAUCGCCACCGGAAAAGCUUGGACGACCAUCCCUAACGUCAUGGCGAUCCUUUCAACCAAGACCCGCAAAUGUAUCUGGGUGAACGGCACGGAGCUCCGUCGGGGAUCGGAGGGGAACAGCGGCCGAGAGGGGUUCAAUUUUGGCAAGCUGUACACGGGAGAUGUGAUUACCAUCUAUCAGCACCGCAACAAGUUUCUGAGAUUCGAAUGUGAAUUCUACCACGGCGACAGCGCUUGUCGUCGGCCCGACGACGAAAAGGGGUUUACCGUGCGCAAGGUCCUGAUGCCGAAGGAAGCAACCACGAAUCAGCAACCGGGCAGAAAAGACCGCAAUGAAAAGAAGUAG